AGAAAGAAAAGAGGUACUAAAAGUAAAAGAGAACGGCAUAUUAAAGUAACAUCGGAAGAAUCUGACCGCGAAUAUGAAAGGGAAUUACCAAAGUCAAACAAAGCAAAAAAGAGAAAGAAAAAGGCAAAAAAGAAAUCCCAGAGAGACGAGAUUUCGAGUGAUGAUCUAGACCAUCAAUACACAAGUCAGAGAAGUAAGAGAUAUAAGAGAAAACCACAGGUGUUUGAAAGUGACAAUGACUCUUCUGCCACAAGUAGUGAAGAAGAAAUAGUAAGUCAUACUGAUACAAGAAGAAAACAAGGCAAGGCGAAACCAUCUGCUAAAUAUGCAGAACAGUCAAAGUCAAUCCAAAGAAAGGAAUGGCAAGCACAACAGGGAGGGAAAGAACGAGUUCCACGAAAGUAUAAAAAAGGUCGAGAUAGAGCACAUCUUGAUAGAGAAGUUGGUAAAAUGUCUCGCCAUAAACAAAAAGAAGUGAAAUCAGAAUCGGAAUCUGAAGAGGACUCGGCCUCUACCAGUGAUGAGGGUGAGUCUUCCGAACCAAAACAGAAGACAAUAUCAACUCCAUUACCCAGUGGGGAGGUAACUGAAGAGAGAGUUAUUAAAAGGAAAACCACUGGAGGAAAAGGAAUGAAACUUGUAUUGAAGCACGCCGAAGAAUACGAAGUAAGUGAAGACACGAACCAAUCCAAACAUCAAAAUGAAGGUAAACGAAGGAAAAAAGAUAGGGUUAAAAAGGGGGAAAUGAAGGAAGGGAGAAAGAUAACUAGCUCUAGUUCCUCUGAAACUGACGAGUCUUCACCCGAGUGCGACGUAGGCAGAAUUUUAUCCGAAUCCGAGAAUAAAAAACUUGUAAAGGUUUUUAAGUGUAAUUACGGCAAACUCUGCUAUGCAAUCAAAGAUCCAAACGCAACUGCCGUUCAACUGCAAGCGAAACGUCUGCUGUCACGUUCUAAACUGAAAAAUGUACUAAUAUCUCCCGAAUCCCAACAAGUGAAGGCCAUUGCUUUAGUUCAUGCUCUUUACCGGAAAAUUAAGUCCCGUCCCGAAAAGUUAUUCACCGUCAGUGAAGUGUGUUUGCACAACGAAUCUCUACAAGAAGUAGGAACAGAGAUGUCAAUAGAAAUUGGAAAAGUUUGUCCUGACCGGCAGGCCUCAGUUUUUAGUCCUCCUGAAAUACUACCAACUGCUGAGUCAGAUACAGGUGAAACACCAGCAAAGAAAAUGCAGCAACCAUUACCUAUCGCUUCCUUCAGUGAAGCCAGCAGUAUAUCAUCAUCUGUAAAAGUGAGUAUGUCAAUACCACAGUUAGGCCCCAGUCCAGUAUUGACAAAGUAUAAGGAAUAUCUGAAAGCAUGCUAUGCUGCUAAACCCCUUGCUCCGUCAGACAAGUAUCUCCCCACUCUCGAUGCCCCGUACAUCAACCUAGCCAUGGUUGGUAGGGAAAGCUAUAAUCCUGAGCAAAGAGAUGAGUUUACUAGACAAACA